AUGUUCGACAGCGGGGAUGGUAUGCUGGAGGAGCGACUUCUGGACUUCCUGACUGCUGCGCCCACUGCUGAUUGGGAACCCUCGUGCGCCCAUGCAGUUCAGAUCUCUGGAACCAUCCUCGAGGUGGGGAACACGCUGCUGGUGUCCUUCGGGCUCUCCGAGCUUCUUCUCCGAUGUUUAGAAGCCAUGGAUGCCGACGAAGAUUUUUUCGACGAGUUCAAAGACGAGAGCUAUGAUGAUUUCUUCACCCGUGAGCAACCAUCACAGCCUGCAAAGCCGUCACCGCAGGACGACGGUCCAAGCUUCUUUGCCAUCCACUCCGACGAUGAUGACGGAGCUGAUGGCAACGACGGUGGACCAGGAAUUACUCCUUACACGGCUAUGCCUCAGGCCCCAUCCCCUGAGCCCGGCUUUAGCUCUGAAGACUUGCAGCUGCACGGAGUGCUAGGGGACUUUUACUCUCGAUUCAACGUGCAGAACCUUGCGAAUGUGAACCGCAUCGUAGAGCAAUAUCGUGGGAGCAAUCUCACCCAUCUCUUCGCAGCCCUGGCUGCCAAAUACAGUUUGCCAGCACCCGAAGUCAUCGAGCUUGUUGCAUCUUCAUUGUACAUAAGCUCGCCCUUCGAAUUCUGCCCGGCAGAGUCACAGAAGCUGGAUGCCCACUUGCAGCAGUUGGAGCCAACUGGAGCAGCUGGAAGUCGGGAUGCUUUUGAGGAUCCUGGCCACCGGGAGAACUUGUUCAUCUCAGCCCUGCAGACCUCUGCCGAUGCUUCUUCGGCUGCUGCAUCCUCGGCACUGCUGCACUUCUUGUGCCUGAGAGGUAUCCCCAGCAGCCGACUUAGACCGCAAGUCUGGCAGGUUUUACUGGGCGUCUUGCCACAAAAUGCUGAUACUGAUGUGUUGCAAGCAGAGAAGCGAAAACUGUACGAGAGUCAGAAGAGUUGUUUCCUGGUUCCCGGGAGGGACAAGCUGGAGAUCAAAGCCUUUGACCGUCCGCUGAACGAAUCACUCGAGCUGCUUUCGCAGAUCCAGAAAGAUGUACAGCGCACUCGCCAAGAGGAGGAUUUGUUUCAGCAAAUUGCGACGAGAAAUGCGCUGAUCUCGGCCUUGUUCGUUUAUGCUCAGCUACAUGAGGCCAGAUAUGUGCAAGGCAUGAACGAAAUCUUGGCAACGUUCUUCUACGUUUUUGUCACUGCGGGCAAUGCGGAGUUUGCUGAGCACGACGCUUUUUGGUGCUUCAGCAAUCUGAUGCAUAUGAUGAAGCCAGGCUUCAUGACCGGCGACCAUUCCACCGACGGAAUGUAUGCCCAAGUCAACACCUGCCAGAGCCUUCUCAGAAAAUAUGAUCCGGAGCUCGCCCGUCAUCUUGUUCAGCACGGCUCUCCUCACUUUGCCGUGGCUUUCCGCUGGUGCACUUUGCUGUUUGCGCAGGAUGCGAGUUUGCUAGAUCUGCUUCGACUCUGGGACUCUUUCAUCGGGGACCCCAUGGGUUACGAGCUGGUGGUCUACGCUUGCCUCGCAUCUUUACUGUCCUGUCGUGACGAGUUGCUGGCGGCAGACGACGAGUUCCAGCUGGCAGAGAUCAUGCGUGGAGCGCCGCGGCGAGACGUCAACAGCCUUCAGAGGCGCGCGUGGGCAAUCUGUGCCCUGGAACGUCGGGUGCAGACUCCGCCUUUUCCGGCUCGUUCCGUCGCGCAGGUUGUGGAGCAGAUUGCAGGUUGGGCACAGGGAGCUGCUUCCAAGGCUCAAGAUUUCGUGCCUGUUGUCAAAGACACUGCGAGCCGCGCCUCGGCGGCUGCAAAAGAAGCAUCUAAGGAGAAGGUGCACUCGGUACAGCAUUGGCUCAAAGAAGCCGCACCUGCGCGGCAGGAAGUCAUCGAUAAGGCUCAAACAAGGCUGUCAGCGCUUGUUCAAGCGACGGGUGCAGCGGCCACGAGGGCUGCGCAGAAAUUCGUGGAGACUAUGCGGCGGUGGAAGGAGCUACACUUGCUCUUGGCAGCGUUGAUUUUUUUUAAUGUGCUCCUGUCGCCGCGGGUGCAUUCUGCAUGCAGCUCGUUCCGGAUUCUCUGGGAGUCGAGCUUGAAAGGGCCGGACCUGCCGUUUGCAGGCAAUUCAAGCGACGUUCAGACGAGGGACAGUGAGGUGGUUAGCACGCAGCUGACGCCGGCCGUGCACGGCCUCGUGCGGGCUGCUGCCAUUCUCGCAGGGUUUGCAGCCCUUGCCUUCGCGGAUCUGCGCCGCUUCAGACCGAAAGCUUACGGAUUCACAGCCUUCGUUGGCGAGCUUUGGGCGGCGGUUGGCCUCGUUCUUCCAGUGUAUCUCUUCCUAGUCAUGGUUUGCUCUUUUCUAUGUCUUAUACUCGUGUCAGUACUGGAGAGAGCUGGACUGUCCGAAGAUACCGGCGAGGAGGUCAUUGUAUACGGCCAGUUUUACCUGCCGUGGAGUGCAGUGUAUUGGAUCAUGAAGAAGGAGUGGUUGGCAGAGCAGCAUGCGAAAACGGUGCUGCCAAUGGCUACCAAGCCCUCGCAGAAAAUUUUCGAAAAACGCAUCGCCUGA